CGUAGUGAGUCUGCGUUUCAGUCUGAUUGCGAGACAGACUCUCUAGCUCGCGAUCUAGAACGUGCAAAACGCUUUCUUCUCGGCGGCGAUUUUCGAUCCUCAUUUGCAACCUAUUGCAACAUUGUAGCUCGUCAUGCUCACAUCCGGCAUUCCCUAGAGACCGAGUUUGUCUCCUCAUAUCAACAGCUUGCACGCCAACUGACAAGCCAGAAUGAGACACAUGCAGCCUUUCAGUUGUUCCAAGAUGCAAUGAGUGUGUAUGCAGACUCGUGCCUGUUGCACAAUGAGAUGGGCAGCAUGCUGUACAGGAUGGGUCACUGUAUUGAGGCAUUGGGAUACUUCAGGAAUGCAUUGGAUAUUGAUGGCGAUUUCUUGCGUGCGAGAGAGAAUUCUGAUGGUGUGUGCAAUCUGUUGGUGGAGAGGUGGCAUUUUCGUAUGUUGAAUGAUGUGGAGAGAAAUGAGGCAUUUCGGUGUGCGAUUGAGAGAGCUGUGAGGCAGUAUGGCUGUUUGAAUGUGCUUGAUAUUGGAUGUGGAACGGGAAUUUUGAGUAUGUUUGCUGUUAGAGCUGGAGCCGAUCGAGUUUUUGCUUGCGACGUCUCGGAAACAAUGUGUGGAAUUGCAUUACAAGCUUUACAAGCAAACAGUAUGUCUGAGCAGGUCAAGCUCUACCACAUGAUGUCCUCAGACCUAAACGUUCCUGACCAUCUGGAGAGGGUGUCACUUGUAGUUACUGAAACCGUAGAUGCAGGUCUAUUAGGAGAAGGCAUUGUGCCAACAGUGAGACACGCAUGGAAACAUCUACUAGAUCUACGACCAUCACCAACUCAAAGCCGAGUGAUUCCCAGUUCAGCUGUUGUCUAUGGAUGUCUCAUUGAAUGCGAACAAGUGAGAAGACAGAGCAGACUGUUUCGGAAGCAACUUGAAAACAUAUAUUUCUCCCAGCAGCAUCUGAUCGGCAGCAACCACAGAGAAUUCGCCAAAGAUAAAAGUUAUGAAACUGAAGAAGCAACAGAUGAGAAGGCAGAACCAUACACAACAGAACGAAUAAAGUACAUCGAAAAUGCACACAAGCAACUGUCCGAACCAUUCAAAUUAUUCAGCAUUGAUUUCAACAACCCGGAAGUGCCAUUGCCUGCACCAAUGGUGUUGAAUACUGCCAUCACAUCAUCCGGUGUAUUAGACUGUGUGUUGGUGUGGUUCGAUCUCCAGUUGAUCGACGACAUCUACAUCACGUCGUCUCCACACAGCGAGCGUGAGCUCUGCUGGGAACAGGCAGUCUAUCCGGUCAACACAACAGCCGAUGUAUUGACGGUUAAUAAGGGGGACAUAAUUGAUAUCAACAUGUCUUGUACAGAUACGUGUCUACACGUCGAUGUUUGUCUGUCAAGCGUGUGCAGAGGUGUGAAUGUUGAUAUCAAUGAUAUUGAGUUGAUCAGCAGGGGAGAUAUGGAGAAACUCAAUGACAUUGAGUAUCAGCAUACUUUGUGUGAAGCUGUCAAGUCUGUUGCUCUAGAGACGGCGGGUGCCGGUCGUUCAGCCUGUGCUGAGGGCAAUUUGCCAAGAGUCAUCGAUUUGGAUCGUGGAAUACCCACCGCGGGCAUCAACACUGCAAGCAUUGGAAUCUGUCACUCAGUCUUAUGCUGUCCUAAUGAAAGUACAUUACCAGUCAUCAAGAAACUAAUACAAACAAACAAUCUCACACACAGAGUAACGAUCUCACAACUCACAGAAUAUCAAACUUGUGUAGCAGGCGACAUUGUCAUCCUUGAUGUGUUGGAUCGUUCUGGCGUAUUCCACGCUGACGUCCUCAGGGAAACAGCAUUGCUAAUGAAAUCUCAAUGUUGUGACCGUUUCGUUGUUGUUCCUCAGAAUGUUACAAUCUGGGCUGUUUGUGUUUCGUCUCCUGAGCUUCGUGCUAACAGCCAGGUUUUGGGUUCGGUGCCGACGCUGGGGCUGGACAUAGCACGGUUUAUCAAUGAAUAUCAGGUUACAACUCAAGUCAACCUAAACUUGAAGACAAUUCAGCACACAACCAUCACUCAGCCUCUUCCGUUUGCAACAGUCAACUUUUGUACGUGUGAUCCAAUCAGAACAACCAAAUGCACGACAGUUAAAGUGACUGGCCACAUCACAGCAGUAGCUUUCUGGUUCAAAGUCAAUCUCACAUUGAACCACACAAUUACAACAUACACACCUCACAAGACAAGCCACUGGAGACAAGCAGCUGUUCUUCUACCAUUUGAUGUUGAAGUAACCAAAGGUCAGCUAAUUAAUAUUUCUUUCUUGCUACGAGACAGCUGCAUUGAUUUCAAUGUUGAGCAAGUGGAAUAG